AUGCAUUCGAUUGCCUUCAAGCUCCAGGCCUUGAAGCUACUUGAGUCCAUGAAUGACACAAAGCGGACUCAGUUGCUUGCCUUCGAUGGAAACAAGAAGCUGAUGAAGAUGCAACCAGGCGGCCGCCACGAAGUGUUCCCGCACCCAUCAGGCCUCGUUCAAUUCAUCAAUGAGUUGCGCGACGCAGAGCGGGGACUUACAAUCUACACAUGA